GAUGUUACGCUUGGUGACACUUGUCCUGUCAGGGAAGUCAACGCAACGAAGAAGAAGCAGCUGCAGUCCAUGUUGAUGUCAACAUGAGUGCUGACAACUCGUGUUCAGACAUAUUACUUCCUUUACGAAACCUUUGUAACUCUGUUAAGUGCAUACGAGACCGGGUAAAAGAUGGGGAAUCCAGCGAGUGCAGUAGUGAGUUCAACAUUAGUACGUUCUGGAACACUCUGAUUCAGUCUGUAAAGGCCACAUCCCAGGAAGCAACAAAACUCAGCCUGGCGUUCUCUAAACCGCCCCUCCCCUCCUCUCAGGAUGCAGAGAAGAUGGCGGACUCGAUUCAGCAGGCAGUGUUGGCGCUGUCUACAGUCUACUACUGGCUACCGAAGACCCAGGGAAUAAUUUUGAGAAGAGUUGUGCGAGAUGCCACUGCAGAUGUGCUUGAGGGAAUGGUUCAAUUGCUUGACAUCAUCCUGAACUCCCCCCUUCAAAGUUUGUCUCAGGAGCAGCUGAUGUCCACGGGAGGAGUCUGGGCGUCGUGCGACCGGUUUGAGCAGCUGCCAAGAGAUAACCGCGCUGCAGUGCUGAGUGUCCUGAGCUCUUAUCAGGGCGUGGUGAAGGAUGCUAUCGAGGAGAUGGAGCAGGCCCAGGCUGAAAACCAGGACCCUUUCGCCGACCUCCUGGACGAUGAGGACCUGGACGAGCGUGGCAACCGCGACACUUACUGGAGCGAGGGGGACCGGCAGCUGAUGGCUCCCUGCCAGGGCCUGAUGAAGGCGUCUUCGGCGUGCCUGAAGAAAUUGAGCUCGGCCGUCCGGGGCAACGGCAAGGUCGACACCCCCGACAAUGUUGCCCAGCUGGAUGACCUGGCCGACAUCACCCACGACAUCAGCCCCAGUGUUGAUGACUUGGCCCUCAGUCUAUAUCCCCCUAUGGAUCACACGGCAGUGGAACUCAACGCUUCUAAACUGGCAGCUGUUUUAAAGAAAGUUUUAGAGAUUAUCAGGGCGACCCAUGUAUGCACUGAAUCCGACCUGACUUGGGUCCAGUUUCUGGACGGAGCAGUAGAUCACAACCUACAGAAAGCCAGAAGAGCAGCUGAGGGCUCUGACUGAGCCGUGUGUGUGUGUGUGUGUGGGGCAAUGUGAGUGUGUGAAUGUGUGUAGGCGUGAUGAUUCAUACCUGAGCGCACAUGGAUUAUGAAGAACUGUGUGUGUGUGUGUGUGAGAGAGUGUCAAAGGAAACAUAACUGAGCUCAGAUAGACACCUACGAACUCUGUGUGCAAGUGUGUGGGUGUGUGGUGAGAAUUCAGAUUAAAUAAUCACGCCAAGACAGAU